CACUAGUGCAGAAAAUUUAGCAAGGAACGAACAUAAACAGACGAAUAAAUUUUUAGUGUAUCCAGCGGCUGCUUUUUUCAUUCUUUUUCAAAAUGUUGCAAUCAUGGAUGUGGAUUGUUUGGAAUGUAUUAUUUUUUAUAAUCUCUUGGAUUGUAUGCAAAUUAUGCUUAAAGCUGCACAACCGUUCCAAAAAGAGUGUUUGCGUGGUGGUGCUCGGUGAUAUCGGCAGAAGUCCACGAAUGCAAUAUCAUGCGAUCUCAUUUGCCAGAGAAGGCUUUAUUGUGGACAUCAUAGGUUAUCCUGGUUCACCGCCUAUGAAGAAAAUAAUGGAAAAUAAACUCAUACGGAUUCAUUAUCUGCGAUCACCCCCAGAAUUGCUAAAGGAUUUGCCAAGACUUCUGUACUACAUGAUAAAAGUGAUAUGGCAAGUUAAUAAUGUUUGUAUAACAUUAGCUGGGGUACCUCUAUCUGAAUCAUUGAUAAUCCAAAAUCCGCCUACAAUACCAACAAUUCCAAUAUGUUGGUUGUAUUGCAUUUUAACGAGAACGCAGUUUAUAAUCGAUUGGCAUAAUUAUGGACAUUCACUUAUGGCAUUAAGCUUGGGAGAAAAUCAUACUCUGGUUAAAUUGGCAAAAAUGAUUGAGAUAACAUUUGGACGCAGAGCCAACAAUAAUUUUUGUGUUAGUAAUGCAAUGAAAGAAGAUUUAGAGAAGAAAUGGGCCAUUCAAGCUAAAGUUUUGUAUGACAAACCAACAGAAGGAUUCCAUCCAAUAUCAAAAAAAGACAAGGCUGAAUUUUUAAUUAAGUUAGUUCAAGAGUAUAAUUUAUUUCCAUGUUCAUGUAAACAAACUGGCCUUAUUGUAUCCAGCACUAGUUGGACUGAAGAUGAAGAUUUUUCAAUCUUGUUAAAUGCGUUGCAAGCAUACGAAAAUGCACGUGAAAAUAAUGAGUUAAACUUGCCGGAUUUAAUAUGUAUAAUAACGGGCAAAGGACUUUUGAAGGACUUUUACAUGGCCAUUGUCAACUUGAAACAGUGGAAGCAUAUUAAAGUAGAAUCAUUAUGGCUUGAAAAUGAGGAUUAUCCAAAAAUGCUAGCUUGUGCAGACUUAGGUGUAUGCCUUCACACUUCAUCCAGUGGACUGGAUUUGCCAAUGAAAAUUGUCGAUAUGUUUGGUUGCCGCUUACCAGUCUGUGCAUACAAUUUUAAUUGCUUAUCGGAGCUGGUACAACACAACGAAAACAGUUGGGUAUUUACAAACGAAGUAGAGUUGGCACAACAGUUGAAGAUGUGGUUUCAAGAUUUUCCUAAUAGUGAAACACAACAACAGUUGCGGAAAAAGUUUCAAAAGAACAUGUGCAAGCUACAAGAUUGGCACGCUGUGACGAUUGAAAGAAAUUUGAACAAUCGACCGAUUAUUGGUGUGCUGACGCAGGAAAUAAAUUACAACUUAAAUAAGAAAUAUCCCAAUCAGUAUCACAGCUACAUUGCCGCAUCAUACAUCAAAUUUAUUGAAGGUGCCGGUGCUCAACCUGUUCCAAUUUGGAUUGACGGGAGCAAUUCGUAUUAUGAAAAUAUCUUGAGCAAAAUUAACGGAGUUCUAUGGCCGGGAGGUUCGACGUUUUUUUUCCAACGCAAAGGAUAUGCCGAUGCAGGUGCCGCAAUUUACAGAAUUGCGAAAAGAAUCAAUGAGGAAGGUGACUACUUCCCGAUAUUUGGUAUCUGCCUUGGUUUCGAGCUGUUGACAUAUGUCGCGGCAAAUCGCAUCGAGCACAGGACAAAUUGUUCCAGCAAAAAUCAGCCUCUUCCACUAGAAUUUAAAUCUAAUUAUAGAAAAAGCAAGUUGUUUAAAAACGCUCCACGAGAUGUCUUGCAGAUUUUAAGUACAGAAAACGUCACAGCGAAUUAUCAUCAGUUUUGUGUCACGGAGGAAGAUCUACGCCGUGUUAACUUAGACAAUGAAUUUCGCGUGAUGUCAGUAAAUCGAGAUAAAAAAGGUUUAGAAUUUAUCUCUUCGUUGGAGCAUAAGAGCUUUCCAUUCUACGGAGUGCAGUUCCAUCCAGAGAAAAACCUCUACGAAUGGAUAACUGGGAAAAAUAUUCCCCACGGAUCUAAUGCUACUCGAGUAUCGCAAUAUUUUGCCGAUUUCUUCGUUAAUGAAGCCCGUAAAAACUCACACCAUUUCGUGUCGACGCAGAAGGAGAAAGAGAGUUCAAUCUAUAACUAUCCUGUUACAUAUACAGCAUUGAAGAAUUCUUCUUUUACACAAUGUUAUAUGUUUAAAAAAAGUGACCGCAAUUUUCUGAUAGAAAAUGACGUGUAAGACUUAGAGUAAGUUUUAUUCUUAAGCUAGAAAAGUCAUCUUUUUUUUUUUUCAAUUGUACAAAUGUUAUAUCUUCAAUUGUGUGGUACAAAAUAAUUUUAAACGCCUACGUCGAAUCCAUUCCUGCAAGAUGGUUAAACGGGGAUCAUCAAAGAUUGUUAAUUUCACGGAAUAAUGUUGUUAGUAAAUGUAUGACGAAAGACGGCACUGGGGAACACACAAACAAAAAAAAGAUUGGUACGCGCAAUUUCCACAUUUAACAUAACACCAGUGUAUAUUGUGUCACAACUGGAAUACAGAAUAUUACAAUGGUGCAUAAUAAAAUUCUAUACAUAUUUUUGUUCUAUCUAAAGUAAAUAA